CAGUGUUUACCCGGAAAUGACAGUCGUUCCUAACAACUGUUGUGGAAAUCUGUAGUUUACCUAUUACGGACCGUUUAAAAUACAGUGCAAUCAUAAAUUACCCGUAUAUGCUGAAUAUAAUCUACUGAUUCGUUAUGUACAGCGGACUCCUGCCCAGUGGUUUAACCGAAGACGACCUCAGUUCAGAUGACGAGGAGGACAAGCCGGGCGAUUUAGAAGACGAGAAGAGGGAAUUUGAAAAGGGCUCUGCUAAAAACACAUGCUCGCUGGAGGAGUCACAAUCGACUCACACUGCAGCCAGUGACUCUCCGACAUGCAGUAUGCCUGGCAUAUCCCAAGAAAUGUGGCAAAAAUUCCAGGAUCUGCGGAGGAAGAAAGAUGAUAUAAGGAUAUUAAAGGUCACAGAAGACAGAAGAAAAAGGAAAAGAAGAAAGCGAAAGAAAGGAGCAGAAAGUGGGGAACCUGCAGAAACAAGCAGAGAGCGUCAAGAGGAGCGGGAGAAGCACUGGGAUGAGCUUAAGCAGUAUUUUGGUGUAAAUGAUCGAUUUCAUCCCCCUGCAUGUUCCAAACCCCCUCCGAAGUCCGGCCUAGAAAAGAGCAUAGAGAGGGCCAUAGCUGAAGGGGACAUUGCAAAGGCGGAGGAGAUGAGCGACAGACUCGCCACUCGAGAGAUGGCCGUGAAAAUCGCUCAAGCUGCUGAUUGCCGUGACUUUGUGCAAGGCAAACAGGAAGAGGAAGCUUUGAGGGCAGCGCAGAAAAGGAAGAAGCAAAUAGCCUGGGGCUUUGAGGCGAAGAGGCGGUGGGAAACCAAAAGCAACAUGGGCUACAUGUGAAAAACACGGAGGAAGAAGAACAAGACUUUAUGUGUGUGUGUGUGUGUGUGUGUGUGUGUGUGUGUGUAUAUAUAUACAUAUAUAUAUAUGUGUGUGUGUGUGUGUGGCAGACUAAUCAUGUUUCUUCUUAUAAUUUUUUGUAUAUUUUGAAGAUUUUACAGCAGCAGCAUGGGAGAGGAGAAAAGUCAGCAGUUGGCUGAGAUGAAAAAAAAACCCAAUCCAAAGAGUAAAAAGGAGGAAAAAAUGAUGGAGCAUUCAAAUUAAUUCCUAAGGCACCCACUGGUGUCUGCAUUGUGUUAUUUUUCAUUACAUUUCAGUGAUUUGAGCGUUCUGCCCCCCCCUUCAAAUUAAAUCUGGUGUACAUUACUGGAUGAUGCGUUUAUUUAUUGCUGUAAAGUGGGUUAAUCAUGAAGGCGCUCUUUUCUUCUUCUGAGGAAGAGAAAGGAAAGAUUAGAGCUCUAAUGCAAUGUACAGGAUAAUGUGCGAUAGGAUUUGGGAGUAGAAAAUGAAAUUUGGCUGCUGUAAACUGUUGUGAGCAGUCGUAAACUGGAAGUUCGAAGCAGAGGCUUUGCUGCUGGCCCUCGCCCAUGCUGGGAGACUCGCUAUUGUUUCGGAGCCUGAACAAGAGGCGCACGCUGUUUCUCGAAGCAUACACUCACUGCUCAUUGUGUGAUGAGCUGUCUUCAGCAUCUGUAAACUCGUCUAAAAACCGUUCCUCUCCCUCUUACUUUGAUCUUUUUUCUUCUUCUGUUUUUUUUUUUUUUUUUGAUCUGCAGCGCUUGCCUCCGCAGCUACUCAACACUUCUGAAAUGCUCAUUCAGAUUCCAGGAAGUGUUAAUUGCAACCAGCAAGCACAAUAAAAAGCUGAAGAAAGAUAAUUACUUUUAGUCAUAAAGCUUGAUUUUUUUUUAUUUUUUUUUUUAACCAAACCACUUUAAAAGAAAAAAAAAGACUGCUUUGCUUCAAGGUAAUGAGAAUUAAAAAUUAAUCCACCUAAGUUGUUUGCAUUUCACAUAUUUGAGCACUUUGUCCCCUGGUGAGGCGCGUUCUCAUAGGCUCACUGCAUCGGUAUGGAGUAAAUUUAACAAAACAUCAGCAAUAAAAGUUUUUAGGUCAUUAUGACGCAAAACACCUGAGCUAAAGAAAACCAAAUAUGAGCUCGAGAGAACUUGGUGAACUUUAAAAAAACAGGCAACUGUUUUGUAUCCUCUCAUGUCACGUGACUGUGUCAGAGAAGCUGUCAGUUGGCGGGAAUUGGUGCUAAUUAAACUAUUAAUUAUCUCUGUAAUGAGACACAAGUUAAAACUGUGUUAAGCACAUCAAAGUACAACAUGGGAUUUCUUCACUUUGAUGAAUGCUAUGAAAAAUAUAUCUUGACUGAAGAGUGAGGAAACAUCAGAGAUGCUUCAUUAACGGCAGCAGAAUUAGGAAGGAAGCAAAAAAAAAUGUAUGGCCUUUGAAAGUUUUUGGAUAAGUGCUUAAGCGCAAGACAUUUAUUACAGGGAAUUACUGGAUGCAGGUCUGAUUAUUGCGUAUUUCACAAACAUUGCAGAACUUUCCAGAGAUAAGAGCGCUCCAAGAAAACCGGCCUCCUUUUUUGCUGCUACAGGAUUAUAGAACAAAAAACCAUCACAGUACGUGGACUUGUAUCCAUGUAGCCUUAUUUUAAAACUAGUUGAUGUCAGUGAACAUGACCAGUGCUGAUCCAAGAGCAGCGCAGCGACGUAUCAAUAGCAUCUCACUUAUUAAUCUCUUUGAACGCAGCAUAAUGCCCUGAGCAGAGAUGAGUCUGCUUUUAAGCUGGAAAAUCCACUUUCCCAUCAUGUUGAGGUGUUUUCAGUAGUCUCUUACUGGAGGCCAAUCUUAGCCCCUUGGGCACAUAUCGAACCACUUCUAGGAAAACUGUUGUGUAAAGCCGGCUUUGAAAGAAAAGAAAAAAAAACCCUCAACAACAACAAUCCCAUUAAAUGGUUGGAAAGCUGCUGUUGUAUGAAAGGGAACAUAUGUUGCUGGUAACAAGACAUUGGCGCUAUCGCUUGCUGCUAUCGCCGGCUGGAAGAGGAUUAACUCGGAGGAGAGAUCUCCGAGAUGCUGCUGAUAAAGGCUAGCCACGCUGAAAAACACUUCACACCUAGAGCGCGGUGUAGCUCAGAGGAAGGCGGCUUUGUUUGUGUGUUGUUAAUUGUUUUCACAUCAAAUUUUAGCUGCAGCGGUUUUUGGGGGGAUUUGUUUCACACAUUUUUUAUUUUUUUUAAAGUUCAGCUCCAUUUGGAAACCAUUAGUUUCCAAACGGAGUGGAGCUGAGAGCCAAAACACCACUUUGGCAUUUCAUAAAAGGAAAAAAACCAAACAAACCAAGAGUUUUACAUCUUUAUUAUCAAAGUGUGAUGUGUUUUGUUUUUUAGUUUAUUAGUGCCUCAUGUCCUAUUUUGUUUUGUGCCUUGAGCCAAAGCAGAAGAGCUGUAACGUGUCAGGUUUUAUAUUUGAUAUCACGUCAGUUAUGAUUGUAUUCUUGCACACAAGCCCCCCCUUUCCCCAACACCUUAUUCCCAAAGUAACACAGUGGGAGUGACAGACAGCGUGGAUGUUGACAUAUUCCUUGGCUGAUUUAAUGACCUGCUUAAUUCUGGCACGUCGGCAGCCCUCUCAGAUGUUUUGCAGUUUUAAUUAGUGUAAUCGUCGCUCUCGAAAAAGGCCACAGGGUUGUUUAAUGGGUCAUGUUUGUCAAGAUGCACAGAAUUAUAACACAAAAGACAUGCCAUUUAUUCAGCGCUACACUCUUAGAGUGAUUAUGGGUGUCACAAUUGAUAAUUAGAGGAAGAAUUGAUUCAUCCGAAAGCCAAAAUGAACCUCUGUGGUGUGAGGAAAUUAGUUUGACAGUGUUUGGAUGAGCGGUGUUUACACUGCAGUGAGGCGGCGUGGGAACACUUCACCACUCUCCUGUUAACCGAGGCAGCGUGCACACACUUAACCGCUGUUUGUGGACGGGAGAGUAAGGAGGCUGGAUGUGACAUCUGGAGUAGCGACUGGAAAAUUUUCAGCUGUGACCAAACUUUUCAUGAAAUUAUCAAUGCGCUGUUUCAUUCUGCAGGCUCGUGUCACGUGAUAAGCAGAGGUUAUGGUUCCGAUUUUCAGGCAGCAAAGAACAAAGUUCUCUGCACAGUUCUCUCAAAGUGUGUGAAUUAGGUCAGGCUAACAGUUAUGAUUUAUAAAAACUGUUUAAAUGCACUUACUCUGCACUAAUUAAAAACUAUUCUAUAUUAUGUGGGUUACAUAUACACCCUCUUAAUUGUUUCUUAGUUCAAAACUGCUUCGAAAGCAUCUAUUUUAUCAUUUAGCCUGACUUGUAGAACAAAAGAAUGAAAGUGAACUUUCAAUUAAUUUUCUCCCUUUGCUAUCGCGAAAUAAAAACAUUCCCACGCACAAA